GUGACAGGUCUGUCCUCUAAAAAUCACACUUCGGGCUGCACGCAGAUAAAGAGCCUGGAUUUUUUUUUCCAGAAGAAGGAAACGCAUUUGCUGCGGAUGAACCAGCUGUUGUUAACCUGACCGCAGCGGCCGGUGGACCAGGAGCUUCAGCGAGUUCAGCGUUAAAGAAGCUCAGCGAGUUUGCAAAGACAGGUGUUGGAAUGAACAGGUCCAGGUCCAGCUGGGAUAAAAAAGCCCCACAACCUCCAGUCACCAGAAUAACCCGCAGCUCUAGUUCGCAGGCCAGGCACACCGAUCCCACAGGGUCUCAGGACUCUGGGCCAGGCCCCUAUGGAAAACAACGAAAGAAGCAGGCGGACUCGGCUCUGGCUGUGGACCUCAGCCACAUGAGUGUGAGCGGACAGGAAGUUUUGCCCACUAGUAAAGGAAAGACGUCCAAAUGUAACAGCGACCACGUGAAGGAUGGUCAGUCCUCUGGGUCCGGAUCUGCUCAGGGCAGCCCAUCUGUCUCCGCUGCCAAGCCAUCAUCCCGGGGUGGUCUUGCCUCUGUGGCUCGGCUGCUGAAGCUCGGCCGCUGUAAGAAUGUGGUGGUGGUGGCCGGAGCAGGAAUCAGCACAGCCAGCGGCAUCCCAGACUUCAGAACUCCAGGCACAGGUCUUUACGCCAACUUGGAGAAGUACAACAUCCCUUAUCCAGAAGCCAUUUUCAACACUGACUACUUCUCCAAUGACCCGCAGCCUUUCUUCUCCCUGGCCAAAGCUCUGUAUCCUGGCAGCCACCGACCCAACUACAUACACUACUUCAUUCGCAUGCUACAUCACAAAGGCCUGCUGCUCAGAAUGUACACACAGAACAUUGACGGACUGGAGAAGCUAUGUGGCAUCCCGGAUGACAAACUUGUGGAGGCUCACGGUACGUUUGCCACAGCUUCCUGUCACUUGUGCUACACCUCGUACCCUGCUGAGGAGGCUAAGCGUGCUAUAAUGAAUGACAGCGUUCCCAUAUGCACGUUCUGCGCUGCUACAGUAAAACCUGAUGUUGUGUUUUUUGGAGAGGACCUUCCUCAGAAGUAUUUCCUCCACACGAAAGACUUCCCCAAAGCAGACCUGCUAAUCAUUAUGGGCACGUCUUUACAGAUUGAGCCAUUUGCCAGCCUGGUGAACACUGUGCGCUCCACUGUGCCACGUCUCCUCCUGAACCGACACGCUGUGGGUCCCUUUGAGAAGGUCCCACCGCGGAGAGGAGACCACAUGGAGCUGGGCGAUCUGGAGGACACAGUCCGAAAGUUUGCUGAAAUGCUCGGCUGGAACGACGAGAUCGAAGAGCUGAUGAGGAGUCAGGAAACAGCAAGCAUCACUGCUCUGAUAAACCGCGCUCCAUCAAUGAGUGGACAGACACUUGGCCAAGGCAGAGGUACGUCAGAGCCACCGGGUAGGGUGGAAACAUCCAGAUCCAGACCAGGAGGUCAAAGAGCAACCAGCAGUGGCAGUGAGGAGACAGACUCAGAGACGGACAGCAAGAGCUCUGCAUCGUCCAACCUGAGCAACUGACGCCAAGUUUAAAAAAACAAGACGACACUGGAAAGGUUUGAGACAGGUUCCUCUCUCCUUAGUUCAUACAAAGACUGUUCUCCUGUACACACAUUUGAUUUCUAGCCAGUUUAGUUAAAUAAUCUUACCUCAUCUGGGAAUCUGAGUUUAAGUCUGUAAGUCUGUUUAAGUUUGAAGUUCAUGCUAUGUUCAUAUGUACAAAUCAAAAGGUUUAUCAACUUCAACAACCAUAUUUAAAGCACUUAUUAUGGAGUGGGUCCAUCCAGAACACUAGUACAUGUCUGAACCUUGUAACAAAAAUUUUAAUGUUUCUGCAAGUAUACAAUAGCAACAACAUGUUAAUGUUUUUAUGUCAGCACAACACUGUAUUUUAAACAGUAUUUAAUAAAGGUAUUGUGUAAUUUG